UUAAGUUCAAAGCCGCACAAAGACUCAAACCCACGGAACUUCACAACUGAUUAAAAUAAUUUUAUAAAGCAAAAUGAUCAAACUCUGUAGUUUCUGGGAUUGGUGUUGAUGCUUCCAAAUAGGUUCCAAGAUGUUCCCAUUGAGUUUGGAAAAGAGAGAAGUGGAUUCCUUGAGCUUCUCAAACAUUUUCUUAGAAAAUGUCAAACGCUUGGUCUCAAAAUCUAACCCGUAUGAUUCAAACACACCCAUGAAGACUUUUCUUCAUAGGACGUCACAUUUCUAACUCCAGCAAACGAGUAAGAUAUUUGAGUUGCCGUGCUUCAUAUCCAUUCCGUGUCUGCUGGAAGUCCUAUGUGAUGUAAGUUGGACUAUCAUAUGAAUUUCUUUUGAGUAUCAAAUUUUUUAUUCACUCAUCUUCUGCAGAUCUUUUAUUAUUUGGGUCUUGUUUAGUGUUAUAUGACACAGGCAAGGUCUUUGCGUUGCAUAAUGCGUGCAAACUGUUUGAUGAAAAACCCAACAAAUUGUUUGGUGAAAAAACCAUGGUGAUAUUGAAUUUCAGACUCUUGAUAUCAUAUAGCUUCUCAGUAUUCUAUUGUAAUGAUUUUUAUGACUGCAUAAACUUUUGGAGGCUUUCAUAUGUAUGUAAUGAAUAGGUUCUUCUCUCACAUAUUGACUUGCCCCUUACUUCCAUCCCUAGCAAGAGAGUGCAGGUAUCUCAUGGCCGGCAGUGGACUAAUGAUAUAUGAACUCAUUUUAAAUUGGGUCUGACUAACUUGGCCACAGGGGUUGUUACCUUGAAAGGACUUGAGUGGGGUUCAUGUUUAAGUCUUUCUUUUUUAAUCUAGGUAUGUACUGUGUGUGCUCUCUUCUUGCUUUAGUUGAAUUCGAAGAAUAGUUGUUUCUUCCUAGUCUUGGUAAGUGGUUGGUUAAGGGUAUCAUAUUAAGAUUUUUAUUAUUUUUAUUUUCUGUUUUUGUCUUAGUGCCUUUUCAAGAUUUUGAAUUGUCAAAAAAGCUGGUAAUUUUGUAUAAACAAUCAUCAUAGUAUGAGAAUUAGUAUAUAUAAUUUGGUAUUGAUGUGCAUGUUCUCUUCCUCUGUAUGACCUAUCCUUUGCGAUGAAGUAUCGGACUGGUUUCUUUGUUGCCAUUAUUUCUUUUUUCUUUUAAACUUCUUAACCAACAUAAAUACAAGCACAACUAACGGAUUUGAUUAGGCAAGUCAACUACAAUAGGAGAUACCAUGAGACAAGACGAUUUAAUGAUGAAUUUUGAGAGGCUAAGAAAGCAGGGGAGGGGGGAAAGAAGGAAGACAGGGAAACAAAGGCAAAAACAACCCAAGAAGCAAGCCAUCUUGGCAAUCUCUGAGCAUAAGGAUGCCAAAUUGUUGGAGGACUAUGUGACAGCAAGUUCCAUGGAUCCUGAUUUGUACAGAGCUACAAUACAAGGAGACAUUCUUGAAUUCAUAAAAGCCGUGGAACAAGGACCAGACAAUAGACACGCUGGUGUACCUGCUGCAUCUUGUAUCCAAGUGACCCCUCAGAAGAACACAGUUCUUCACCUAGCAACGAUCUUUAAACAUGACGAGAUUGUAAAACUCAUUUGUAAGGACUUGCCCUUUCUUGUCAUGGAAAGAAAUUGCAGAGGUGACACUGCACUUCACAUUGCAGCCAGAGCUGGCAAUUCACUGCUAGUGAAUUUGUUGAUUAAUUCAACAGAGGGGGUUUUGGGUGUGAAGAAUGAGACGGGUAAUACCGCAUUGCAUGAGGCAUUGCAACAUCGUCAUGAAGAGGUGGCCUGGAAUAUAAUUAACAAAGACAGAAAUAUGUCUUGUUCUGUCAAUAAGGAAGGAAAAUCUUUGUUGUAUUUGGCCGCAGAAGCAGGAUAUGCAAAUCUUGUUAGGUUUAUAAUGGAAAAUCCUGCAGGAAACUACAGCAUUGAAGGAAAGCUCGAGAACAAACCAUCUGUGAAAGCUGCCAUUCUUGGGAAGAACAUAGAUGUUAGAUGUUAUCAAGAUAAUGUGGGAAAGAGAUCAAUCAUCCUUCAAUUUAAGAUGUGAAGAAGGGAGGAACCCUCUUCACUAUGCAGCAUCUAUUGGUUUUGUUGAAGGAAUCAAUUACUUAUUAGACAAAUUCUGUAUCGCUGCUUACCAAGGGGACAAAGAUGGCCUCUCUCCCUAUUCAUAUAGCAGCCAUCGAAUGUCAUUUCCACAUAAUUCAAGAGAUGCUUCAGCAUUGCCCAGAUUUGAUGGAGCUGCUCACUUGCAAAGGCCAAAAUAUCCUUCAUGUCGCAGCAAAGAGUGGAAGAGCUGAAGCAGUUAGUUAUAUGCUUAAAAAAAUGCCUGAGCUUGAGAAGCUUAUAGAUGAGAAAGAUGAGGAUGGAAACACACCUUUACAAUUAGCCACUAUUUUUGAGCAUCCAAAGGUCGUAAGAGCUCUAACAUCGAAUAAGAGAGUUAACCUAAAGGUAGAGAACAAUGGAAGGUUGACAGCACUUGACAUUGCUGAUGAGUACAUGGACACAAUGGUUUCUUUUCGCAAGGUGUGCUUUACAAACUAUUUGUUAGGGGCUAAUCAUCUCAUUUUACUUGUUUAUAUUUAUCAUAUUAUUUGAAAACAACAAACAUUGUUUUAAAGAAUAGAAACGUUUAAAUCAUUUUAUGCUGAUGGUAGUAUGGUACUUGACUUUCAAUGAGCAAUGGUUAACUUUUGGUGAGAUGUA